CUCUAAAUUACGUUAAAACCCCACACUUGAAUCUUCCUAUCACAAUCCAAAAUCCACUGAGGUUUCAAUCCAAAAUCCCAGCAAAAGAGCGAUGCGCAGCCUAAUUGCUCACAAACUUUGGAAUGGAAUUAGCAGAAGGCCUUUGAAUCCAAAUAGUAGGAGAUGGUACGGGCUAAUACCGAUGGUGAUAGAGCACUCUUCCCGUGGAGAGAGGGCUUAUGACAUAUUCUCAAGGCUGCUGAAAGAGCGCAUCAUUUGCAUCAAUGGACCCAUUAACGAUGAUACUUCCCAUGUUGUCGUUGCUCAGCUUCUUUUCCUUGAGUCCGAGAAUCCAUCCAAGCCUAUUCACAUGUACCUCAAUUCUCCCGGUGGCGCCGUCACUGCCGGUCUUGCUAUCUACGAUACAAUGCAGUACAUUCGAUCUCCAAUUAAUACUAUAUGUCUAGGUCAAGCAGCUUCAAUGGCAUCCCUUCUCUUAGCUGCUGGUGCCAAGGGUGAGAGACGAUCUCUUCCUAAUGCUACAAUCAUGAUUCAUCAACCUUCUGGCGGAUAUAGUGGGCAAGCUAAAGAUAUGACAAUUCACACAAAACAGAUUGUUCGGGUAUGGGAUGCACUGAACCAACUAUACUCCAAGCAUACGGGACAACCAGUGGAAAUAAUUCAGAAGAAUAUGGAUAGGGAUUAUUUCAUGACCGCUGAAGAAGCCAAGGAGUUUGGGAUAAUUGAUGAGGUUAUUGAUCAAAGACCAAUGGCUCUGGUAACUGAUGCUAUCGCUAAUGAGGCCAAAGAUAAAGGUUCAAGUUAGAAUUUGUGUGAUGUGUUACCGGAUAAUGGCAUGAGAGCAUCAAACUCAUCUUUUAGGAUUUCUUGCGCUAAAUAACUUACAAUAUCUUGAUGGUUCUGCUGCAGGUGAGCAAUAUCUGAAACUACUUUAUACAUAUGUUGCAAAUCAUUUAUGUGUAUAGUUUUAGCAUGGUCCAAAUCUUGCAACAAGUAUUACAAUAUUGAAAUAAGUUAAGCAAUUUAGGGUCAAAAGAAUUCCACAAGUUAUGCUGCACAGCUGUGCAUCCAUUUUCUUCCAAUGAGCCCUCUUUGUGGCAACGAUAUCACUUGCAUGCUUAACUAAGUGAUCAUCGUAGCCUUGGCCCAUAAACUAUAACUCGACUGAGGCUGACCAAGACAUAUAAUUACUACUACCUUGCAGUUUCACAUUGGUAAUAGUUGGCGAACUUGAGAUAGAUGGAAAAAGAGUUUUGAUGUCACCUGUGAUCGAGGGAUCAUCUUUCUCUCUCAUUAGUUUGCUUAAAAAUUAUCUAAGCCAAGGAUUCAAAGUAUUGUUAUAGAAAAGAAAGAGGUGAAAGACGUGCGCCUCCUUAAACGGUCACUGGAAUAGUGGCUGCCGGAAAAAAGACCCGGAAUAUUUGCUGGAAAAGCUGCCGGAACAGUCACAAGGACUCUGAUACCAUGUAAAGAAAUAAAAGAGUGUAAAGAUAUAAAAGAGAGAAAGAAGAUCAAUUGGAGGUUAUGAUUUGUUCUUUGAGCAUCAUCAGAAUUUAUAGUGUUAUAAUACAAUUACAGUUGCACCUAACCCAUUUAAUUCCUAUCUACUAAAUCAUACAAAGUCAUACACAAUCUUAACAUAACAUUUAUCGACCUACCAAAUCAUUCAUUCUUGUCCAGUUUGGUGCUCUGGGGGUGGAAACAAUAAUCAAACUUUUAAUAGUGUUGACUUCAUGGGAAAACAUGGUUUUGAAUUUUGUACUUAUAGAUACUAGACGUUUUUCUGGAAUAUCGUAUGGUUUCUUGUAAAUUGUUAGAUAGCUUCUCAGUUUGUAUAGGUAUGUUACAUUGCAUAGUCCUUUUUGUAUUUGAACAAUUUAUACAUGCAUUAGAAUGUUGAGUUUUAGAGUCGAAGUGAAGUGUUGGAAGAAUUGAGCUCUUGAGUUUAAUAUUCUCAUAUUUGGACAAACAUCGAAUGUAUUGUGAUACUUUCCCGCAUUGGACAAUGUAUGUCUCGUGUCUAACACCUAUAAUAUGUGUCUCAUGCAUUCAUCAUAUUAUCAAAUCCUCAGUAUAUUUCUUCUUACGUAUUAGUUUCUCACAUCAUAUUAGAGUUCUAUGAUUUUGGUAGUGAGUCAAGUAACUUCCGUCUAUCGGCCUCAUGUUGCCUGUUCGGUCAAUUUUUUUCUUCCUUGUUUGCGAUGACUGCUUUGGCGAGACUGUCAUGCCUCUUUGCUGCAAUCUUAUGGUUGCACCACACCUCUUUUGUCAUCGCUCUAGCAGCACUGUACCUUUUUGAGGCGACUGCUUCGGAAACACUUAACUUCUUCAUGGCGACCUGUGCAUCAUGCUUCUUUUCUGCGACUACUCUAAUGGCGUCACAUCUCUUGGUCGUGUCUCUUUUUUGGUGACUGUUUCGGUGCCGGUAAACCUCUUUCUGAUAAUCGUUCAGAUGGUGCUGUCUUUAUUCCCAGCCGCUGUCUAGGAGCAAUUCUUUUGACAAGGUUCUGGUAUCCGGAUCAAUUUUUCCGGUGACUUCCUAGCAUGUUUUCCGGCGAUAUUUACUUUGUUUUCGAAAUAAACAAAAUCACGUUUUGAUGGACGUGUUAGUGUCAGAGUAGGGAGUUAGAAGAGUUAAAGUCUUAGAUUUAUUCACAUUUGACAAAAUAUCUAUCACCUAUAAAUAGUUAUGCACUGUAUUCAUCAUGUGAAGACAUCAAUAUCUAUUCUGUUUCUUAUUUUCUCACAACAGCGAAGGUAUCCCCUUGCUGCCGACAAUCUUGACACCAAAAUUUAAUUAUUACCAGUAAAACAUGAGUUUUAUACCUCAGCAUUCCACCCUUGUGGCAGUUUCAAAUGCACCAGACAGUCACAACUUUCAUAAAUGCU